AUGGAAUCUCCUCUUAUUACUGCUACUGCUAUUGCUACUGAUCCUCCUCCUCACAGGGGAGGCCUCAGGGCAACUUUAAAACAAUUUAAAGAACGGCUUAUUAACAUCAUCUUUUACAAUCCAGACGACUCCGCAACUAUCACCAUGGCUUCAUCAAUGGCUCCUCCUCCUUCGCCCACGAAACGGGCUUCGCGAUUCUUUGGCGGUCGCCAUAAGCGUGCCGAAUCUGUUAGCGACAACUUAGGUUUGAUGGGUCCUCCCCAGCUGCCUCCAUUGGACUUCUCGUUUUCCGGUGGUGCGGCAAACGGGCCUCCAUCGCCCACCAAAACCGAUCAGCAUGGAUUUGGGGGUCCAUUGCCCAAGCCUAAUCUGAAGGCUAGACACAUGAAGACACCCAGUCUUAUGGACCUUCUUACCGGCAAGUCUAAGAAAGAUGCCAAGAAGGAUUCCGACUUCACAAUUAGCACCGACGACGACUGUCAAGAUGAACAGAAUUCAAGAAACCCUCGGGCUUAUACGACAUCCAGAGUUCUUCAGCCCGCUUUUGUCGAGCAAUCCCAGUCCAUGUCCGAUCAGUUGGAUGCUUCAUUCCUUGACCUUAGAAUGCAAAAUGAAUCCAGCCUCACUCUUACCCUCGAUCAGGAAAACUUUCGACCUCCUCAAAAACAAUCUCGUAUUUUGGGCAAUACAAAUAAGGCCCUUCCUCCCAUUAAGACGGAUAUUCCUGAUGAAAUUGCACGAGAGAUCUCGCUUUACACUCCAAGGCUCUACUCGGCAUCUGGCCAGCGUAAUUUCGCUGUCACACCCGAGUUGAGAGCCCCACAGCCUCGGCCGACUACUUUUUACGGACAACAAGCAGGAGAAAGGAAGUCCAGCUGGGGAAGCAUCAUCUCGAUGGGGAAGCGUAAUAGUAUGGGAGAGGCGGACCAUACCAGCAAUGAGCAUGGUGGGUUCUUGUCAAGGGUAACAACCUUUGGGUCCGGUGGGAAUAAGAGAGUCCACCCUGCGGCAUUGGAAUCUGGAGCUCCAUCCACCGUUACUUUGAAUCAUGAAUUCAAUAAUCUUCUGUCCAAUUAUGGUCUCCCCCACAACAUCAAGAAUGGAGCAUCUGAAAUGCCAGCACAUGUCAAGGCGACAUUGCUCAAAUCUAGCAAAGUCAUGUCAAGGGCCCCGCUGCCACCACCAUCCAGCCAUGGGUCUCCACCACUUAUGACAGGGUUUUCUCCUGUCACACCUGCCCGCGAGAAGAAGAAGCGUCCUCUUAGUGCCUUUGGCGCUGCCCUAUUCCGUGGUGAGCAUACCCGUGCUAGGAGCAAGACAGCUAGCACCAUUGGUCUACCGACCAGGUCGCAGGAAGAUAAGGGACGACCUAAGACUACUCGUUCCGAUAAAGCCUUCCGCGCUGCGCCUACUACUCCUAUUACCCCAUCUGUGAAGACUAAUGUCGGCCCUCUUCACGCGAAUUCCCCUUGCGACUUCAUUGACUACCUUUAUGGAAGGAAUUACAAUGACGUUGACCUUGGAUGGCUUCGCCGCCUUAAGAGGAUGCUCAGAAACGAGCGUCUUGCAUGGGUUGAGACCUUUUUUGAGCAAGAGGGCUUGGAUCGCCUUCUUGAUUUGAUCAAGAAUAUUUACGAAUUGGAAUACCACGAUAUUCAAAGCGGCAGAGUUAUUAAAGAGGUCUUCUUGUGCCUCAAGGCAGCCUACACCGCCCCAAUGGCUGAUGCCCGUUUUGACACAGUCCAUGUCGAACUCUUCACCAUGAUCCUCUCUAUGAUGUUUGAUGAAGAACGAAAGAAGACCCCUUAUGAGUAUGAAACUCGCGAGGCCGCCAUCAGCCUCAUGUUUACCUACCUCCAGCAAGCACCACUUGACCAACAAGUCGCCCGUGCCCGAUCUCUUGUUAAGAUCUUGGAGAACCCACCUUUGGCUAAGAGCCAACAGGGACCUGCUUGGGUUGAGGCUAUCAAACAGCCGCGACCCUUUACCAGAUGGAGCAGUGAGGUUGCUCGAUUGACUUACGAGACCGGAUGGGUUUGGUAUCACCCUGGAAACAGAAUUACACUCCGUGAAUACGAUCCGGAGGCACCAUUCAGUGUUGCACACUUCCCCACCCCACGCGCCUUUAUGGCUAUUGAUGGUGGUAGUGUUAAUUCCAUUGAAAUGAACGUUUCAAAUUAUGCGGCGUUGCAUGUGGAGAUUAUGAAUGCCAUCAUCGCUUAUCUUCCAACCAGGGCGGAGAGGAAUGGUUUCCGCAUGGCGGUUUCCAUGUCUGGUAUGGAAAAAAUCAUGGGACAAGUUUUGAGAUGUGCCGGAAAGGGACAUCACUAUGAGCAACUUGCCAACAUCCACUCUGCUCUCACCGACUGGGUCACUGCCGCCCGAGCCGAUGGGUGGGAAUCUUGGGAGCACGUUCGCACCGGAAGAUUCCCAGCCGAGUCUCAAGAUAAAGUCAAGGCGAUGAGAAAGAUCGAGGCGAUGUAUGGCCCUCAGUACGAGCUUCCCGAUAUGGGUCUUGAGGAUACGGUUGCCCAAAAGAAGAGGAUGUCGAUGAAGCCUGAAGAGUCCAUGAGUGUCUUCCAGGUUACCGACGGUGGUGUCUCUUUGGAGUGGGACUUUUAA